AUGGUCCCAGAGGUAACAGAAACACUCAGACGAGUCACCGUGCACACAGAAAUUAAGAUGAAAACAAAAACAUCUUACAAAUCCUCCGGUGAAAAGCCAGCUCCUCCUGUCCCAUCUCAACCUGCUAAGUUAAACAAACCAACACAAACUCCAGCAAAGUGUUUGGAUCCCAGCUGGUAUGGAGCACAGCUGACCCGACGUCAGGCUGAAGCGGUCCUCAGAGCGGUGAGCAAGGAUGGGGCGUUCUUGGUGAGGGACAGCUCCAAGACAUCGUCUGAGCACCCCUACACCCUGAUGUCGCUGCAUCAAGGAAAGAUUUACAACAUCAGGAUCCGUCACCUAGGCAACUCUUACCUGCUUGGCAUCGGCCUAAACAAAACCGAGAGUUUCCCUGGGUUGAAGGAGAUGAUUAUCCAUCACACCAGCAACCCGCUGUUGCUCACUGAUGCCAAAGACCGGCACUCUGCAGGGCUCUGACCAGCACCAGAACCCGGUUCCACAGCUGUCUCUUUGUUCUUUGUGAUAAUUUAUGGAUGUGUGGCUUGUUUAGGUGUGUUUAAAGCACAAAUGUCACAAUCUCCACAAACACAAAAAGGUCACCGUUAUGUCAUUCCUCUGCUUUCACUAUUUUUAGUAAAUAGAACCAAAAUAAAAAAAGAUUUAAUUUCCCCGUGUUUCUAAACCACGAACUUCAGGAAUACAACCUUACCUCUCUCUGCUCCUGAUGCUUCAGUUUCAGUUCAAAUGCGGCGCUGCGGCUUCAGGGAGUUUUUUGAGGAAUGCCAGCCUGUCAGGGUGGCCAACGCAGAGGAUCAGGUCGCAUUGCUUCAGAUGGGUUCUCACUGCCAACGGAGAAGGCAUACCUCCUAUCACAGUUGCCCCAGGUCCACAACAACUGUUGUUACUACAAAAAUCAAACAGGCAGAGUGCAAAAAGCAAUAAAAGAGCUUGCCUGUCCUUCAGCAUGACUCCAACUGACUGGACUGUACAUGAUUGUUGAUAUUUUUAUGUCAACAUCACCUAUUGCACAUAACAGUCUCAUGAACUCCCACAAACAGCUGCUGUUAGAAUAAAAGAUCCCCGUGAGCAGCCAGUUCAGCGUGACCUACACAAUGUGGCUCUAAAAUCCAAUUCAACUGGGAAAACUAAAUGUAAACAGCAAAUAUUUAGUGGAUAUUUACUGUUGAAGGAAAAUGAAUGCAAACAAUAUCGUUUGGCUGCUUUUGCACGUUAAAAUUGACAUCAGGAAAAAACAAACCCUGCCAUGCACUGUGUGUCAUUCUGAUAUCAAAGCUGAGACGCUGGUUUCCAGAGCAGAUUAAUAUAAUGGAACUGACUGCAACAGGUCUGCAGACUCACUCCAGCUCCCUCUUUACCCACAUGUCCCCUGUGGCAGAAUACAUUUCAACACUCUGCUUCACAUCAGAAUCGCUAGCAGACAACCAUCGGUGUGAAAUCCAUCAGUAGCAUCACGUAAAUCUGGACCGCUGACAUCUACUGGCAAGGCUAAGCUGGGCGUAAGUAAUAAUCCACUUUAGGUAUCCUGUUCCAAACACAGGGCAGAUGCUUUCAGACAUCUUGGUGUGUAAGGUGAAUGUGUGGAGAUGGAUCAAACGCACACGCCAGCUGAUCCAUGCUGUCGGACAACGAGUCCAGCCCUCUCAGGAUGUUUUCCAGAUCAAUGCAGGAAGUGUCUGCGGCGUGUGCUGCUGCACUCUUUGCGGUUUCCAUCUGAAAAAUAAUUAAAUGUUUGUGCAAUUU